UACCAUCACUUGUGACUAUUGUAAGCGUAAGGGACACACGAUGUCAGAUUGCUACAGAAAUCCACAAAAUCAAACAAAACCAACCGGCAUUGUUUCAACACCGGAUAACAACACGACAUCUGUUUUUGAUAGUAAUAAUACUAGUGAUACUCAAGAGGAUUUGAUAGAGGUCAAAGCCAAUGCUGACCCUAUAAUGAAAGUAUUUGAACCAUUUGUAAAUGCGGCUAGUGUUUCACUUUUGAACAAUCCAACACAACGUAUUCCAGUUCAAGUAUUACGCGAUACUGGAGCGUCUCAAUCUUUAAUACUGACAAACACAUUGCCAUUUUCUGCGGAAUCAUAUUCCGGAAACAAUGUUUUGAUAAAAGGAGUUCACUCCAGCGAUUAUAGUUCAGUUCCUUUGCACAACAUUCGACUGCACUCAGAUUUAGUCUCCGGAGAUGUUUCGAUAGGUAUCAUCGAUACAUUGCCUUUCGAUGGAAUACAAUUGUUAUUAGGCAACGAUCUUGCGGGUGAAAAAGUGACAGUCAAUCCAAUAGUGACAAACAAACCAAUGAAACCAUGCUCAACAUCAAUUUCCGACGUCAUUGAACAAGAAAUUCCAAAUUUAUAUCCAUCGUGUGCGGUCACAAGAGCAAUGGUAAAACAACAAGAAUUAGAGAAUAAUAAAAGAGAUGACCUUGAUUCAUCCUAUGAUUUGUCCGAUACUUUUCUUACACAGUUAUUUGAUAGUGGCCCUAAAACAACACAGAUUACGAAAAACGAUGCGAUAGACACAAAAAGCUUGUCAACAUCUAAUCUCAUUCACGAGCAAAAUAAUGAUCCCGAAAUAGCUAUUCUAAUUCAACAAGCUUUCGAUGAAAAAGAAAUUUCAGACCAGGCAAUGGGAUACUUUAUCAAAAACGAUAUUUUAAUGCGGAAAUGGCGACCACCUGAUGUUAGUGUUGAUGAUGAAUGGUCAGUUCGAUACCAAAUUGUUAUCCCAAAACCUUAGGUUUAGCACACGAAACACCCCUUUCAGGACAUCUGGGAAUAAACAAAACCUAUGAGAAAAUCAUACGACAUUUUUAUUGGCCUGGAGUUCGAAAAACCGUGGCAGAAUUCUGUAAAACAUGUCACACUUGUCAAGUAGUCGGCAAAGCAAAUCAAGUUAUCCCAAAAGCACCGCUAAAACCAAUUCCGGCUUUUGAAGAACCAUUUAGCCGUAUUAUGAUUGAUUGCGUCGGACCAUUACCUAAAACUAAGCGAGGUAAUCAAUAUUUAUUGACAAUUAUGUGUGUUUCGACACGUUUUCCUGAAGCAAUACCACUUCGAAAUAUCAAGGCUAAAACCAUUGUAGAAGCACUUACAAAGUUUUUCACUUUAGUUGGUCUUCCAAAAUCCAUCCAGUCUGACCAAGGUUCGAAUUUCACGUCAGGGUUGUUUCAACAAAUUAUGCACGAACUAGGUAUUAAACAAUACAACUCGUCAGCUUAUCAUCCGGAAAGUCAAGGCGCUCUGGAAAGGUUUCACCAAACAUUGAAGCAAAUGAUUAAGACAUAUUGUUUUGAAACUGAGAAAGAUUGGGACGACGGCGUCCAUUUCCUUUUGUUCGCGGCUCGUGAGUCAGUUCAAGAAUCAUUAGGGUUUAGUCCAUUUGAGUUAGUUUUCGGUCACACGGUUCGGGGACCGCUCAAGCUUUUAAAGGAAAAGUUGCUUACCGACGACGGUGGUUCAUUGAAUAUUUUACAGUAUGUAACGGACUUUCGUACCAAAUUAACUAAGGCUUGUGACCUAGCACGUAAGAACCUUAAAACAGCUCAAAAUCGCAUGAAGCACAGUUACGACAAAAACACCGUAACUCGGAAUUUUCAGAACGGAGAUAAGGUUCUUGCACUUCUUCCGGUUCCUGGAAACCCCUUGCAAGCUAGGUAUUUUGGGCCCUAUGUUAUAGAAAAGAAAGAGAAUGAUUUAAACUAUGUAAUCAUAACUCCAAAUAGACGUCGAAAUAAACAGCUUUGCCAUGUAAAUAUGCUUAAAGCAUAUCACGAAAGAAAGUAGUACAGUCAGUAAAUGUAGUGAGUUCAGAUAGAGAUAGGUAUAGUAAUGAGGAUGAAUCUGAACUCUCUAGUUUGUCUGAGACAACAAAAUUGAGCAACUCCGACGUUUUACGAAAUAUGGAUUCGAAGUUAUCUCAUCUUCAACCAUCUCAACGUCAGGAUGUUCUAGACCUUGUUAAUGAAUAUGCACAAUUAUUCCCCGACAUUCCUUCUCGAACUGACAUGAUUUCCCACGACGUUGAUAUUGGCGACGCUUCCCCUAUAAAACAACACCCUUACCGAUUGAACCCAUCGAAAGCAAAAUACCUUGACCAAGAGAUCCAAUACCUCCUUGAAAAUGAUUUCAUCGAACACAGUCAAAGCAGUUGGAGUUCACCCUGUAUAUUAGUUCCUAAACCAGACGGUAGUUAUCGAAUGUGUACGGACUACCGUAAAGUAAACAACCUCACGAAGUCGGAUAAUUUUCCCAUUCCUCGGAUGGAUGAUUGCGUGGAUAAAAUUGGAAAUGCUAAGUAUGUGUCGAAGUUUGAUUUACUGAAAGGAUUCUGGCAAAUCCCUUUAAGCGAACGUGCCAAAGAGGUUUCAGCAUUCGUAACACCACGUGGAUUAUACCAAUACAAAGUGAUGCCAUUUGGAAUGCGAAAUUCCCCUGCCACCUUCCAACGCCUUAUCAACCAGAUAAUUUCCCAGAUCGACGGCUGCGAAGGUUAUAUUGAUGACGUGAUCAUUUAUAGUGACACCUGGGAAGAGCAUCUGGAAAUAUUACGAAAGUUUUUCAAACGGUUAAGCGAAGCCAAGUUAACCAUAAAUUUAGUCAAAAGUGAAUUCGGUUGUGGUCAUGUUACAUACUUGGGCCAUAUCGUUGGCCAAGGCCAAGUAAAACCCGUCAACGCCAAAGUCGAGGCGAUUGCAGAUUUCCCACAGCCUACAACGAAAAAACACAUCAUGCGACUGCUCGGAAUGGCGGGUUAUUAUCGUAAGUUUUGCCCAAACUUUUCAUCAAUCACGGAACCCUUGACGCAGUUGCUUCGCAAGGAUAUGAAAUUUGUUUGGACAGAACAAUGUCAGAAAGCAUUCGAGAAACUCAAAGCUAUGCUCCAAAAUGCCCCAGUUUUGUCGGCACCAGAUUUCAACCGCCCCUUCAAAUUAGCGAUCGACGCGAGUGAUGUUGCAGCCGGUGCAGUUUUACUACAAGAAGGUCAGUUUGGAGUUGAUCACCCGGUAUGUUAUUUCUCUCGAAAGUUCAACAAACACCAGCGGAAUUAUUCUACGAUCGAAAAAGAAUGUCUUGCACUUGUUCUCGCGCUUCAGCAUUUCGAAGUUUAUGUUUCUUCAACUUCUGUUCCACUCGAGGUGUUUAGCGACCAUAAUCCUCUAAUGUUUCUCCAUAAAAUGAAGAACAAGAACCAACGUUUACUGCGGUGGAGUCUCGUUUUGUCAGAAUACGACAUGAAGAUGGAACAUAUUAAAGGACGAGACAAUUUACUCGCUGACUGUCUAUCACGACCAUGA